CUGCUCGUUGUCAGAAAUAAGCUACUAAACGGCCACCCAUACAAAUACUGAGUAUAUGUGUGCGGAAAGUCAAACUGUAUUAUGUCUUUUGUUACUUUUGUGAAACGGCAGUUAGACUUGCUCUCUGGCAUGCAUCGUAUUUGUUGUUACCAAAUCCAAAAAGUAAACUGUAGUUACCGCUCUAAACUAACAUUAGCAUCUACACUAGGCUACUAGUCAUAACUUGGGACUUGUAAACUUUAACGUUUUGAAUCCAAGCUACUGUGCUUGCACAGAAGGAAUGAAACAACCGCGUGUCUACUGUCCAAAACGAUAACUUACCGAUGUUCACUGUCUGUCAGUUGUAACGUUAGCCUCCUGCCGUUCUCCGUCGACAUGAAUUUGUAUCAUGUUUUGGAGCUGGUGGGAGAGGGCUCGUUUGGUCGAGUUUACAAGGGAAGGAAAAGAUUUACUGGCCAAGUGGUGGCUCUGAAGUUCAUGCCGAAGGUGGGUCGUUCUGAAAAGGAGCUACGAAGUCUCAAGAGGGAGAUUGAGAUUAUGAGGGGUCUUCAACAUCCAAAUAUUGUCCAACUUUUUGACAGCUUUGAGACGGAAACUGAGGUUGUCGUUGUAACUGAGUAUGCAGAGGGUCAGCUGUUCCAGAUUCUUGAGGAUGAUGGGAAUUUGCCAGAGAGCCAGGUCCGUGAGAUUGCCUGCCAGCUGGUCUCAGCUCUGUAUUACUUACACUCCCAUCGCAUUCUUCAUCGAGACAUGAAACCACAAAAUAUACUGCUGGGGAAAAGUGGGGUGGUGAAACUGUGUGACUUUGGGUUUGCAAGGGCCAUGAGCGUCUCCACCUUGGUGCUGACUUCUAUCAAGGGAACACCUCUGUACAUGUCCCCUGAGCUGGUGGAGGAGAAGCCAUAUGAUCACACUGCGGAUCUUUGGUCUCUGGGCUGCAUCCUUUAUGAACUCCACACGGGGGCGCCCCCGUUCUACACUAACUCCAUCUUCCACCUGGUGCAGCUCAUAGUGAGAGACCCAGUCAAAUGGCCAGACACUAUGAGCGCCAGCUGCACGAGUUUCCUGCAAGGUUUGUUGACCAAAGACCCUCAGAAGCGGUUGUCAUGGCCAGACCUCCUGCACCAUCCCUUUGUUGCUGAUGGUGCUCUAGUGUUGUCAGACACAAGUGUUUUCAGCCCUCUGACAGUCACACCCAGCCCAGACAUGCUGGCGCUGAAACUUCAGCAAGUGGCGGCAAAGACCCUACUGAAUGGAGAGAGCAGAUUAUUGCGAAAGGCCAGGGAACAGAAGGACAGCAGUAACAGAGGGAAACCAGUAGGCGGUGACAGUGCGAAACAGAAAAAGAAGGCUGGAGUGGGAAAUGAAAGGGCCAACUCUGAGAUGGCAGCAGCAUCCCCUAGAGCCAAGCCCCCCUCCAGUGAUGUCUCUGUUACCUCAGGUCACUCGGUCAUGACAGCUGCCAAUCAAAGCCUCAACCCAAACAAUCAAGCCUGCCUGAGUUCAAAACAUAGGGGUCAGAUCAGCAGGGACUAUGAACAGGAGUUCCCCUCUGUAGAGGUUGGGCCGCGAAUAGUGCAGGGAUGCAGUGAGGGCAGUCAGACCACACUGCACAGGCAGGAUGUUGACAGUGAGGACUAUUGGGAGAAACUGGUCCAAGAAUCAGAUCCCAGCAGGCAGCAGAAAGAACUAUUGAACCACAGUGCCAUCAUACCUCAACUUAUAUCCAAGAUCCUGGCAUUUAAAGCUGAGCUAACAGCUGGUGUUGUUAAAGAAGCAUUGCGCAUUCACCAACCGCUGAAGGUCUUACGCAACCUGAUUCUGACGUCUGACCUCGAGAAGUCGUACCACAUCGGCCGUGAACUUGGACUACCCCAUGUCCUCUUUGACCUAGUCCACGAUACUGUAGAAAACUCAAAUUCCAUCAAGCAACCGUGGAGUGUGCCAGCACUUGGAGAAAUGAUUCUUGUGCUCAUGAUCUACUGGGAGGAGCACUGUGACUGGGUGGAAGAGGAGCAUAGACUGGAAGAGUUCACCAAGCCCUUCAUCACAAUUCUCAGUCAACCAAACCUUAUUCCUUUGGCACCUCUGGCUGCCUCUGUUUUGUCUCUGUUAACACAACACAAUGUUGAUGUCGAAGUUAAUUUGGACAGUCUAACCUCCUUGCUGAAAAACCUGCUUUUGGACUCAUAUGAGCCCCAACUUUCUCUUCCUUCUGGCUGGGGACUCUGUGAUGGCCUCCUGUCUUUACUCCUACACACACUCUCUGAGCAUGAAAAUGGCUCUGGAUCUUCAUGUUUAGAUCCAGUAAUGUUUCUUGAUCUAUGGAAAAGAAUUGGCACUUCACUAGCAAGGACAACACCAGAUGCAGUCUUCUGUUCAGCAAAUGGGCUGUAUUCUUUUCUGUCUACUGCGCUGUUUGUCUUCACCAAGGAUCCAUACUCGUGCAUUCCUCUGUUUUCUGAGUGUGAAUCAAAAUGUGUAUACACUCUUGGCCAGCUGCUGGGCACUGACUGUCUUCAUUUGUUUGCUGAAGGCAAUCCUGGGAGACUUGAGCUGGAUCUGAGUCGCGACAGCCUGUCCGUGUUGAGCUGCCACUUGUUGUGCUUUCCAUUUGCCCUGGACCUGCCUUCACACACCAUGUCCACCAUUUUCCAGUUGUAUGACGGUUGUGGUAUUGUUGCAAGCCUCCUGCAGGUGAUUAAAACUCUUCCUCCUCCGCUACUAGAGCUGCCUCUCUCCCUGCUGAGCCGUUUGCUUCUGUGUGACCCCGACCGCUCCGUUUCCCGCCUCAGAAAAGCUGCUUGUGGUUUUUUCGCGCUACCCACGAACAGCCAGUUCAUUGCCUCCAAACACGAGACUCCACUAACCAGAACUGCCAGCUCUCUACUCUCUGACUUGCUGCAGCUGGAUGUGCUGUGGGAUUCUGCCGCGGAGCUCCUAACUCUGUUGUCCCAAGUAGCCCGUUGUUCCCCUCGGCCUGCCCGCCUUCAGCUUCACCUGGAAGCCUCAGUGCUGCACCAGGCACUGGCUCACUCUUAUGACCAGAUCAGGGCUGCCACAUGCAGACUUUUGGGACAUUUGGAUCCAUUCAGGCCUCCUACACUGCGCACCCUGCAACCUGACAUUUUCAAAAGCUUGAUAGACUGUCUUCAUGAUUCCUGCAUUCCUGUUCGGCGGAUGGCUUGCAGAGCAGUCGGGAACUGGUUGGGAUAUAUUGCGGCAGGGUUUAUAAUGGGUAGGUCCAAUGGAAAGGGCAGUGACACUACAGGGUGGGCCAAAGAGAAGGAACAAAAUAAACACAAGUGUUCACACAUUGACGCUGUGGGAGAUUUGGCUACUAUAGUAAAACAGGGAGUGGUCGAUGAGGAGGGGCGCAGGUGGGUGGAGGAAGCGAGGAGGACGGCGGCCAUGCUCGCGCCUCUGAUCACUGACCCUGAUACCCUCACACGUCGUCACUGUUGUGCAGCCCUGGGAAACCUGGUAAAUGUUGAUGGCGCUGUUUCCUUGUUGUUGGAGGAAGACGUGUCCAGUUUACUUCUGAGAGCUGCGUGCACGGAUUCUCAUAAUGCAGUGAGACAAGCUGCCAUAGCAACCCUGCGCCUGUACAGCGAGCGGGACGCAAUACGUCAGGUCCUGAUAUCCCUCGAUGCCAGUAAGAAACUUCUUCAGGCUUCACAACAUGCACCUCCACAAUGUGACUAUCAUCAGCUCAUUGGGCAGCUGCAAGUGAGUCCACAGUCCACAGUAGGAAUGAUAGCAGAUUUAAAUGCCACCUGUAAAUAAUUCUUCUUCCUCACAAUGCAAUAUGACUUCCCCGUCUUAAGCAAUGUGGUAGAGGACUACUGACAGUCAUAUCACUUUUUUUAUUUUUUCUAAAGUGUCUUUAAAAAAGUGUAAGUGAACCUAAUACAUCGAAUUAAAAUGGUGCAAAUAAAAAGUAACUUUUCUUAAUGAAGAUCUUUGUUGGCCCCACUGAAAUUGUGGUUGUGUGUGUUGAAAUAAAACAGUUUGUCGUUGA